GUAUAGUGUAGCACUACAAGUUACAAACACUAGUAGUACUUCACACACAUUUGCUCAUACCUUACCACAGCACUCACUGACUCAACUGACUCAGCUGAGUAUUAGUUUGUUUUUUUUUUUCCACCCUAUUCUGUUUUUUUGCUAUACAUGCAAUCUGGGUCCAUCUAAUGUCUACAUAAUAAUUAAUUCGUAUGUGUUAUAUAUACAUAUAGAGAGAGAGAGAGAGAUAUUAUAUGUAUUUGCAUUUGACGACAACGUGGACUGCAGCUGCUGACUGGUAUUUUACCCUUUUAUUAGCCUAUAAAGCUACCAGACAACGCUUCUCUUAUUCAAACACUAUAUUAUUACAAACUCCUCUUCUUGGGUUCACUAUCUGCCUAGUACAUAUUCUCUGAUCUCCUUAUCUUACCUUCCCAUAUAGGCUCAUAAUCCUUUCUUUACAAAUUCCAAAUUGAGUCUUGUUCGUUUUGGGGAGAAAAGCUGGUUAAAGAAUUUAAAGAAGAAGAAGAAAUUGAAAGAUAUGAUGCAUAGGUGUUGUAGUUCUCAAGGGAACAUGAUGGGUCAAUGUACAUGUGGUUUGUUUCAUAGCCAAAGCAAUUCUUUUACUAUGUUAUUUUCUAUGCCUAAUCAUCAUCACCACCAUAACAAUAUAUCUUUUGAUGAAACAGAUAUGUACCCUUUUGCUUCCUCUUCUGUUGAUUGCACUCUUUCUUUAGGAACUCCAUCUACUCGUUUAAGUAAGGAUGUUGAUGACAAAAGAAUCCGCCAUGAACGCCGCCCUAGUUCUUGCAUGUCUAACUUUUGCUGGGAUAUUCUGCAAACCAAAAAUACACCUUAUGCUACUCCACCGCCUAACAAAACUAGCCGUGGAAGCAAUUCUAGUAGCAAUAAUAACUCUUCCAAUAACGAUCCUCUCCUUGCUCGCCGAUGUGCUAACUGUGACACUACUUCUACUCCUCUUUGGAGAAAUGGUCCAAGAGGCCCCAAGUCACUUUGCAACGCAUGUGGAAUUCGGUUCAAGAAAGAAGAGAGAAGAGCAACAGCUGCCAAUGCAAAUAGUAACAGCAGCAAUGCAAGUGCAUCGUCAUCAUCAGGAACAAUGGACAAUCAGUACUACUCUAAUUACCAGAACAAUUCGUGGGUUCAAACCCAGAAAAUGCCAUGCUUUUCUCCUGCUAAUGAGUUCAGGUUCAUUGAGGACAGCGAUCGAGAUUCUGAUUCUGGCAUUCCUUUCCUUUCUUGGAGACUAAACGUCACAGACAGGCCUAGCCUUGUCCAUGACUUUACAAGAUAAAAAUUUCUUAAAAACAAAAAGAGUGAAAGAAAAGAAAACUAAAGAAAAACCAAAAGAAAAAGAAAAGCAAAGCUUGGUCAAGAUCAUGAAAAAUUUCAGUGACUGCAACGUAUAACGAUGGUGAUGUUGAAGAUGUUUGUGAUGUUGAUGGUCUUACUCUCAGUCUCGUAAAAUUCAAUUUUUUCCCCCUUUUUCUUCUUUGUUUGGUUUGUUUCCUUCUCUUUUCUUUUCUCCGUCUUACAUAGAUGGAGUGAAAACGGGAUAAUCCUAUGUUCUUAGUUGCUUUU